AUGGCAGAAGAAAAUGAUAAUUCAUGUGAUAAAUUCGAUAAUGAUGCGUGCAAGCCUGAUAAGAUGUUCACCCUGAAGAAGUGGAAUGCUGUGGCUCUGUGGUCCUGGGACGUGGAAUGCGACACCUGUGCGAUUUGCAGAGUUCAAGUUAUGGAUGCUUGUCUUCGAUGUCAGGCUGAGAGCAAGAAGGAUUCCCUGGGACGGCAGGAUUGCGUAGUCGUGUGGGGAGACUGCAACCAUUCAUUCCAUCACUGCUGCAUGGCUCUCUGGGUGAAGCAGAACAAUCGUUGCCCACUUUGCCAGCAGGAAUGGUCCAUUCAGCGAAUGGGAAAGUAAGAAAACAUCGCAGAAUUAGCUCAUAAAAAUAAGAUCUCGGCGUGGUAGGAAAAUAAAGGAAUGGAAAUCUCAAAAAGGAAAUUUUUGUGUGUUGGAGACAAAAAAAUGUGCCCCGGGUGAGGAUCGAACUCACGACCUUAAGAUUAUGAGACUUACGCGCUACCUACUGCGCUACCGAGGCGUUGCCCGGCCAUUGGCGAAGCUCCAACACAACCCAUCUACACUGCUACAAAUCGCAGAUAAGAAUUUUUAAUUAUUUUGAUCUCUUUUUUUAUUUAUUUGUACGUUUUUUCUAGAUUUUUUUUGAAACUUUGAUUAAUUUGGAAAAUUGCGGAAUAAGCAUUUUCAUGCUUUUUGGAAAAUUGAUCAAAAAAGAUGUUGAAGAAAUAGCAAGUCUUUAUGAUUAAUAUUUUAUUAUUUUUUACACAAAACCAUUAAUUUGUUUAAUUUUUCUUAGACUAUCCGCUCAGAAUAUCUUUUGAAAAUUAAUUAUAAAAUUCUGAGAAAUAAAAUUACAAAUUAUUCUUAAUUUUUUCACAUUUUUUGUAGCUUUUUCUGACUUUUACAAUGUAAUCUAAUUUGAAUUUGACGAUAUGGCGCCAUUUAGAUACGAUACUAUCGGAAAUACAAUCGAUUAUACAGUGGAGUCUCAGUGUACAGCCGACUCCCGGUGCUACUUAUUUCAUACAAAAAUCUCUAAAAUAAAAAGAAAAAUUG